AUGCAGUCUCCAACAUUCAUAGGGCCCAAACAGAAGGAUAACACCACCAUGAGCACCCGAGUAGCAAGGAGCGACGCAAGGAAAGCUGGAGUUUCGGCUGAACCUGGUGGCGCGGCGGAAGAUGGAAGAAACGCAACUGCGAGAGAUGGAGGAGGACCCGGAAUGGCAGGCCCGUUUGCGACGGGCCGAGGAGGAGAAGCAGCAGUUGUGGGAGGAACCGGCAUGCCCACCCACCCCGAGGUUUGUCGCCGAACUGUGGCUGCCUCUCCGCCGGGUUGGCUGCCGGAGGUGCCGCUUACGCCGCGGUACGAGGGGUCGCCGACGCGACCACCCUCAUCGAAAGGCGAGGCGCUCCCUCCUCGGUCGCCACCACCGCCGCAACCGGAUACGCCACCUUCACCGGCAAGGCGCGGCGGGGAAUCUCCCCGGUGGAAACCCGCGCGACCACCCACGCCGAGGUUCGAACGGCCGCCGGCGGUAGGGUCGCACCCGCGGCCGGACACGCCGCAAUACCAACCCGGAGGCCCGGUGGGACACCACGUCCGAAAGGACAUCCCGGCGGCGCACGUGACCCAUAGCAUGCGGUCGUUCGUUGCCGAAGGCAUGAGGUGGCGGCAACAGACUGUCGUCUGGACAUGGCCGGAGGGCCCAGCGGAGAAGGCGACGGUGGAGGAGCCCCGGAUUUGGAAGGAGACGGGACCUCGGGUGAGCCCGAUGGAUCCCAGGACCCGUGGACGGCCGGACACCGAGUACGCGGCCAUCGACUCCAGGUACUGGGCCAACGACACCGGCAACGACGCGAAACGAGGCGGAAGCGGCGGAGCCUCAGGAGAGGGGGCCGUGGAAAUGGCCGGAACCGACGGGAGGUGGAAGUUUGAAACGACAACAUUCGGCGCCCGGGGAGCCCGCAUCGGCGGCGCCGGAAGGCCAGCGAUGGCUGGAAGUCCCGGAGCAGGAGUGGCCCGCAGGAAUCGCGGAGGAACCGGCGGUACGCGAGGCUCGCAACCUGGGCGGCAGGCGCAGCGUGCGGAUCAGGAGUGGCGGACGCACGUAUCGCGUGAGGCUGGGGCUCGCGGGCAUUAG